AACGCUACGAAGAUAUGAAGAAGCUUUAAGAGAUCUUGAUGAUGCAGUAUAUUUAAGACCUGAUAGUAAGGAUCCUAAAUAUGUUUUUGCGUUAGAAACUUUGGGUGCUCUCUAUAACGCAUUAGAAAAAUAUGAUGAGGCACUCGAAACUUUGGACAUUGCAAUAGAUUUGGAUCCUUCAAAUCGUUGG